CACAGUAUUUGUUUAUAUUUCCACACAUAUAAAUAAUUAUGAAAUCAGAGGCAUUGCACAAGCUGCUGCUGCUGGCAUUCUGUGCGCUGCUGAUUGCCUGCGCGUGGAGCCAGCCAUUGGCAACGCCCCAGCAGUUGGAGCAGCAACAGCCGCAGACAAUCGAUCGCCAGCUGCUGCUCAUCGAGAACAAUGUGAACGCGGAGGAUGCACAGAACUACCAGAUUACGAUACCGAAGAAGGCCAAGGCGGGGGAGCCCUGUCUGACCAUCACCUGGAAGACCAAUCCGGAUGGCAGCGGUCCCGACUAUCCGCGAAUCUACACGGCUGAUGGCUACUUCAGGAUAAUGCCGCCCGCAAUGUCCACAGAGCAACAGCAAUAAACGGAUAGAUAUAU